AAGUAGGCGGGGAAUGUGCCGGCAGGAGGGUAUUUAAGCCCCUGGAACGGCUGGACCGGGACAGUUGAUUUGGUUCCCUCUGCGGUCGAUGCGAGUAAUUGGCAAGCCAGCCACCUCCAGCACCACGGCCAGCCCUAGCCUCGCCUCGCCUCCUUCCUCCUCCGGGGCCACUGCCGGGCCCUCUGCCCCCGCGCUGUCCCCGCAGCUGCCUUGGCUGCUCCUGCGGCUCCUCCUGCGGCGCGGAGCCAUGAAGCGGGACCCCCUCCCCAAGCAGCAGCAGCAGCAUCCCCCCCAGGCAGCAGAGCAUCUCUCCGGGCGGCAGGCGGCGGAGGAGGGCCAGGGGGAGAUGCCCACCUCCCCGCUCUGGGUCUUCGGCUACGGCUCGCUGGUCUGGAGACCCGGGUUCGAGUUCGCCUCCCGCAAAGUGGGCUACAUCCGGGGCUACAGCCGCCGCUUCUGGCAAGGAGACACCUUCCACCGGGGCAGCGAGAAGAUGCCUGGGCGAGUGGUCACCCUCCAAGAAGAUUACAAUGGGUGCACAUGGGGUGUUGCCUAUGAGCUCCGUGGAGACCAAGUUGCUGCUUCGCUCAAGUAUCUGAACGUGCGGGAAGCGGUACUGGGAGGCUACAUUACCAAGCUGGUGAAGUUCUACCCGCAGGAGGAAGAGUCGGAGGAGCCAAUCCUGGCCCUGGUUUACAUUGCUACCCCCCAGAAUCCCUCCUACCUGGGGCCAGCCUCCGAAGAGGACAUUGCUGCUCAAAUCAUUGUCUCCAGUGGCCGCGCUGGUCACAAUAUCGAGUACCUGCUGCAGCUGGCGGACUUUAUGCGCUACUGCUGCCCUCAGGUGGAGGAUGAACACUUGUUCUCCAUCGAGGAGGCGCUGAUCUCAAUCCUGCCCUGCCUGUACCAAGGUGAAGAGACUAUAGUACAAGAAUGAAUGUGACUUAUGCUAGCCCAAAGGAACUGAUAAAUGACUUUUUAACCAAGGACGCUGACUGCGACACACACCCCUAACGCAACUCAAGUCAAUAAAGCCAAUGGGUGAAAUAGCUGGGGUGGAGAAGGAGGGUGACACGGUUUUAUACUUACUGUUUUAAUGAUCUCAGAGUGGUAAUAGGUUUGUUGUCUUGAGGGGAGAAUGGAGCGAACCACUGUCACUUAGCCAUGUUUGGGCUGCAAAACUAACUAAAAUACUAUUUUACUCUUACACCCACUCUCCUAGAUGUAAAUCUCACUGAAUACACAAAGGUUUGCUUCUGAGGAGUCAUCCCAGAGUUGGGUGAAGUUAUAAGUCCCAGAGCUAUAAGUCCCAGAGUCUCCCAACCAGCAUGGAGAGUCCAAUUGUAGAUUUUAGAAGUCCAAGUUAAACAGUGUUCUUUGUAUAAGGGGCUGAAACUACAAAUAUACAGUAUUUUAAAUGUGCCCCCAACUUGUAGCAAAGCUGUGGCUGCAAUAGUGAAAGCUUUGCUCUACCUCACAAACUGCAUCUGUGGGGGUGAGAGUAUUUGCAGGUCAAAGGGGUCGGCCUUUUUCUCCAACCUCCACGGAAGUGACUCAUGUGUACGCCGGGGUUUCCAGUGCAAUAUGAAUUUGCCUUGCCUUCUGUAGGCUCUCUGACAGGGCCAAAUUCCCUUAGGCUUGUCUUAAGUGAACAUUUAAUGCACUACUUUUUUAUAAAUAUGUAUGAAACUUGAUAAUGUAUUUAUUCUACUGAACACAUGUAUUUUGUAAAGAGAAAGUGCCCAAGUUGUUUGUGUCCUAGUGGGCUCCCUGCAGCGCAGAGAGUGUUUCAAGACUGUGAUGAAGUUGUGGCCUUCUGGUUUUAGAAUGGCUUUUCUGCCUUAGAAAAAGAAGCAGAUGCUACUGCUCUGGUCUCUCAAGGCAGAUUUCCUGCAAAUAGUAUCUCUUGUGUCCUGUGUGCUGUACAAUACAGUUGUUUCAAUUACACUACCAA